AUGGUGGAAACUCGAGACUCCAUCCUUACUGUUUCAGUUCGCCAAGAUCUAACUGAGAAGCUAAGUACAUAUUUUGCUAUGAUAAUCCCAAUCGAAGGAAAAGAAAAGUUCAUUGAUGAUGAAAAUGAAGAGGAAGUUUUGUCGGAGAGUGAAAAGCUGGUCAGGAAGAAAAGAGACAAGGAAGAUAUCGAUGAUCCGGAUGUUCACUGGUUAGAGCCAACGACGUCCUUUGAAUUGAGAAAUACUUCUGAAUCUCAGAUCGACUUCCCUCUUACUCUGAAAGCUUUCUUAUUCCAAGGCUUCAAACAUAUUGAGAAAAGUCCUCUUUCGGACUAUGAAGUCAAUAACAAGAUCUUUGUGUUUUAUCUUAACCACAACCAACCUCAGUACGAGAUGUGGAGUUUAAGGAAGCUUCUAGCUACGUGUAACACCCCCCUCUGGCACGUAUCACAAUAUUGUCCGCUUUGGGCCACUCGGCACGAGGACUUCCCAGGGGGUCACCCAUCCCGGUACUACUCCCGCCCGAGCACGCUUAACUGCAGAGUUCUUAUGGGAUCUGCUGCCCUCACGGCUUUAAAACGCGUUGUGAUAGGGAAGGUAUCCACACCCUUUAUAACGAAUGCUUAG